CCUUCCUCCAUUCUUUUUCUGAAUGCAGCGAAGAUGGGAUGAUGAGAUCUUAGAGGAUCGCACUAGUUUGCAGCUACGGCUUUGUUCCUUGCACAAAAUGCUUGCCACUGCGGAAAAUCCGUCGCCAUGAGCCACAGAGUUGCGGUCAUAGGCAGCGGCAUCAUUGGCCUGUCGACUGCGGUCUGCAUCGCUAGGAGCAUUCCUGAUGUCAGCGUAACGGUGAUCUCCGACCGCCCCUGGCAGGAGACCACCAGCUAUGGGGCGGGCGGGCUGUGGAUGCCCUACUCACUAGGUGAUGCACAGGAUCCAGAGCUGGUUAAGAAGUGGGGCAAGAUAACUCAUGAGCAUCUCGAGAGGGAGCUUCAGAGCAGGGAUGCCGGCAAGAAGGGCGUCUUUCCUGUGACAGGGCAUGAGUUCUUCAAGGAAGGCCCCGACGCCCACCCCGACCCCCCCUGGCGCGACGUCGUCUCCCGCUUCGCGCACGCCACCCCCCGCGAGCUCUAUCAAUUCCACCCUCACGAAUUCAAGCACGGCUGGGUGUUUUCGACCAUCAUCUGCGAGCCGCGAAGAUAUCUGCCCUGUCUCGAAGAGGAGAUCCUAGCCCGGGGGGGGGGGUUUGUGAGGAAAAGGGUCGGGGACAUCUACCGAGAUUUGGGGCAAGCCUACGACCUGGUCGUGAAUUGCACCGGGUUGGGGGCCCGGGACCUAGUCGGCGAUCAGGCCAUCGCGCCCGUCCAGGGCCAGGUGCUCAGGGUGAAUGCGCCCGAGAUCAAGCACUACUACGGCUUCGACGACACGACGUACGUCAUCCCCAAUACGGACACUGUCGUACUGGGGGGCUCUACGGACAGGGUCGCUCCGGACACCGUAAAUGCGGCGACUGACGACGAGCUCUCCCGUGACAUUCUGGACCGUUGCUCGGCAUACCUGCCGAGCUUGACAGCCGUCGAUCUCGCCAGCAGCAGCGUCGAAAAGUGGUCGGGGCUGCGCCCCGUGCGGGAGGCGAUCCGGCUCGAGUUGGAAGAGCCCCCGCCGGCGACUUCGGACGGCAACGAAACGGCGGUGCCAGUGGUACACAACUACGGGCACGGCGGGUCUGGUUUCACUCUGUUUUGGGGAUGCGCAGCAGAGGCUGCUAAUCUGGUACGGAAGCAACUAAAUCGUGCUGCUGACGGUUAAUGAAAGGCUCAGCCGCGGCACGCAUCACGUGUCACGGUGACCCUCGAUGAUAGACACUCUUGACAUCAACUUUACUGGAAUAAUGCGACGCCUUCACUGUACUUUCCCGGACGGUUUCCCGAGGUUAACACGCCGAGGAACACUCUACUGAUAGCUAGGUUGCUUGCAUAGGAGACGGUCUGCACGUUGGACCAUCUCCGUAUUCAUGAGUUGCCGUUUGAUCCAAGCCACGAAGAAAACACAAUUUUGUGGAAGUUGGGCAAUGAUUCGAUUAGAAUUGUUACGGUUCAAUGCAGUGACUCAUCGUCCGCGGGCAGCGGCUACUUAUAAGUGACUUAAGGGAUCGACGUAUAGUGUCCGGCUGCACCUAGAUCAACUGGGUAAUCAUAAGCUUUACUACAUUCGCACAUGUG